AUGGAGUCUCAGUCUCGCAAGCGUGCGCGCCCCGUGGUAUCUUGUCUGCGAUGCAGGGAAAAAAAGCUCAAAUGCGACCGCGUCGAUCCAUGCGAGAACUGUAUCAAAGCAGGGCAUCGUGCGGAUUGUGCGUACAAUCAACACCCAACAGAAUUGGCCUCAAAAACAAAGCGCGUGCAGCUCAGUGCCGAUGCGUCGAGUAAUUGUGAGCAGCUGAAAGGGUUCGGCACUGGUAUCAUCGAGGACCUUCAACAACGUUUGACUCGAGUCGAGGCUUUGCUCGCGAGUCGGUCUGCUAGUGAAGGCGUUGCGAUUCAAAGCUCCUGGCUCGUGGCCGUCUAUACCACCAACUUUGAGAAGACACUGAGGAUUCUGCAUAUUCCUUCAUUUCUUAGGCAAUAUGAACAUUUCUGGGCAAGUCCGGAGGAUGAGUCCUAUCUUUCUUCGCCUUUCAUUCCUCAACUGACCGCAGUAUUGGCUGUCUCUGUCAUUUGGGGAGAAGCGAGCAGUAAAAUGGAAAACAUCACUUCCUGGGAAUAUUUGAGAUUGAACGCAGUCAGCCUGCUACAAGUAUGGCUGCAGAAACUUCCAAGAAAACACCGCACAGAGCUUACAACCCUCCAAAUUGAAACACUCAUCCUCCUAGCUCGCCAACUUCGUUUGACAUCCGCCGAAGAAUCAUGGAAAGCUGCCGGAUCACUCGUACGCUCUGCAAUGGUAAUGGGACUACACAUUGAUGCCUCUACUUCGACGAAAUUGUCAGUCUUCCAAGCCGAAAUCAGGCGUCGAUUGUGGAUCACCAUUGCCGAGAUGGAUCUCCAAGCUUCGAUCACAUCUGGGAUGCCGAUUAUGACCCCCUUGGUGGACUUCACCAGGCUAAGCCCAGCAAAUUUGAACGACGUUGAUUUUGACGAAUCCAGCACCGAGAUUCCUGCUCCUGAAGCGUUGGAGACGCCGACUGAUACUCUUGCUCUGGUAAUCCUCGCCAGGACGUUGUCGCACCGUGUCAGCGCUAUGAAUUUCAUACAACAAUCAAGCCCUGGAAUGGAUCUGAAUGAACGACUUCAACAUGGAAAAACACUAGAAGAAUGUUUGCGAGAUAUUCCUUACCCUUUGAAGAUCGACCACACUUCGAACAAUGACACCAUGUCGCCCAUACUUCUCAACCAAGUCCUUCUGGACUUGUACAUCCGUCGACCCCUUCUCUGUCUAUAUAGACCAGUCAACACAGAUAACAACCAAGACCAUACAUCCCUUCAAAUAAUACAGCGAGCAUGUUUAAACUCAUCACUGAUAAUCCUGUCCUACCAAGACUAUUUCGACCCCAAUCUAGCAGACCUAGACGCUCAAAAUUCUCACCAAUAUUGGGAUAUCUUCUACACCUUCUGCAAAAACGACAUCUUGUGCGCUGCGCUCGGUGUAUGCGAAUACAUGAGACAAAAAAUACCAACCACAGACCAAUAUUCCUCGAAUGGUUCCUUGGACCCCAACAUCGAAAACCAACCACACAGCAAAGCCAGUCUCACAAGACUGGUUGAAAAUACCCUGGACAGUCUAUCCCGCCGCAUCGGCGAGGCAGGAAAUAAUGUCAAAGACAUCCUUCUUCUCGCAGUAGUCCUGCAAUCUGUGCGCGGCCACGGCUCACCCGAGACGAAAGAUCGGUGGUUGAUACAGGGCGCGAAGAAGGCUCUUUCAGCUUGUCGGCAAUAUCUUUUACCAGCUGUUACUGAUCAAAAUUCUGCCUUUGGUUACCAAACGCAGGAGUCUGUGGGUUCGUCAGGCAACCAUCUUGUUUCGCAAUUUUCACAUCCUCCUCAUAUACCUCAGCUACAAGAUUUGCUGCAGUCAUCUGCACUAGCUGUGGAUUUUGCUAAUUUUCACGAGUUCCAGGAGGAUCUGUUCUCGUUUGAUGAGACCUUUUAUUGGAAUUCGUGA